GAGAUCACUCCAGCCACUACCUUCUUCUGCUAGCUUCUUCUCAAUUCCUUCAAUUCUUACUUUAGCUAUAGCUAGCUAGCUGGGACAAUGGCCGGGAGGAGGCUACCGGCGUUCUGCCGCGGCGGCCGGACGGUGGCGGUGGCCGCGGCGACGACGACGACGAGGGUGAGGAAGCGCGUGCAGCGGGUGGCGGCCGCCUACCACGCUGCCUCCAAGCUGCCGCCGCCACCGGCGGUGGCGACGAAGGCGAGCUUGGGCGGCGGUUGCGCUGACGCGCCAUGCGCGGGAGGGUGGUGCCACUCGUACGGCGACGGCGCCGCCGCCGCCGCCGUCGCUGGCGCCGGCGGCGGUGGCGGUGGCGGCAAGAAGGACGGUGGCGGGAGGCGGGUGAUGGUGGUGGCGGACGGGCGCGCGGAGGCGGCCGGCGCGCUGCAGUGGGCGCUGUCGCAGGCCGUCAGGCGCAACGACGCAGUCCUCCUGCUCGCCGUCGUCAGGCCGGCGGCGAACGCGUCGUCAGACGGCGGCGGCGGCGGCGGCGAGUCGUCCUGCGUGAACAUAUCGAGGACGAGGUGCUACCAGCAGCUGGACGCCAUGAGGAGCAUGUGUGAAUCAGCCAGACCAGAGGUGAAGGUGAAGGUGUGCGUGAUGGAGGCGGCCGGCCGGGAGCGCGCGCCGGCGGUGGUGGAGGCGGCGAGGCGCCACGGCGCGUCGCUGCUCGUGCUGGGCCAGCGGCGGCGGCGGCGGGCGGCGGUCGCGCGGUGGCUGCAGCUGGCGCUCUGGCCGGCGGUGGCGGCGGCGGCGGCGAAGAGCAAGUACUGGCGGCGGAGGGGCGCGCGGAGGUCGACGACGACGGUGGAGUACUGCAUCGAGCACGCGCCGUGCGUGGCGCUGGGCGUGCGGCGGCGGAGCUCCGGCGGCUACCUCGUCUCCAGCAAGCGCCACAAGGACUUCUGGCUCCUCGCUUAAUUAAUUAAUUUAAUUUAAUUAAUUACUAGUGCUUUGUACUAGCUAAUUGCUGCGUAGACUGGUCAAUUUGAUUCACAUGAUGCUGGAUAAGGAAGAUGUUAUUUA